AACCACACAUUGACAGAGAUCUCGAGCAAUUGGCUGAAACAUGGCUGUUACAGAUCAGAAUAUUUUUGUGAUGGUUUUUCUGAGCAUCUUUUCUUUAUUCAUUGUUACAUCAAACUCCUGCGUUUGCCUCUUGGUCAUCUCGAAGAAAGCUCUACGAACCACCACGAAUUGGCUGAUGGUGUCACUUGCAGUGUCGGACAUAUUAAUAGGAGGAGUUUUACUGCCUGUUUACCUCAUCGAGCCAUUUUCGAUUGUAACAGGUUAUUUAGUGAGCGUAAUUUUACUCUCAGGUGUUGCAAACCUAUGUGCUGUCACAUACGAUCGAUAUGUUGCAGUGAUCAAGCCAUUGGAAUACCCGUAUCGAGCUCCUAAGAUACGAAGAAGGGCUCCUUUACUUUCCUGGUUACUUUCAUUGAUUUACUCUUUACUGCCUCUGUUUUGGAACACUGAUGUCAACCUCACAGUGCAUAAGGUUUACAUGAUUUGUUUACAGGUUUUUGGUAUCAUUGUGCCUUACACUUUAAUGACUUUGGCAUACGUGCGAAUGUUUAUGGAGGUUCGAAGGGGUCUGACAAGGAACGAACAUCUGAAAUCCUUCAGAGUGCACAAUCACGAAGGAAGACGAUUAUCUUCGGACGCUAAGGUGGCAAAAGUGUUUGCCAUAUUUGUUUUAGCUUUCCUUCUCUGUUGGCUGCCAAUCAUCUACAUAACAACUGCAAAAAUUGUUAAUAGGGAUGACGUCAUUCCAGAAGCCCUCUCUGUUUCGUCUUUGUUUACAGUGGCGACAUGUUCACUGUUGAAUCCACUCGUGUACACUUUUCUCAAACCGGAUUUCAAGAAGGCCAUUUGCAACUUCUUUCGGACGCGUUCUCCCACAAACACGGUGUUAAACGGGCGUGGUAUCUCCUCAGAAGGAGAAAUGCGAACUAAAAUGAAUGUCCAACAAAGGAAUUUAGAACAAGGAAAAAUACAUUCAAUGGAAGAUUUAUCCCAGUUUUCACUGGAUUGCAAAUGAGUUUUUAUGUCCGACGUUACUAGAUUCUU